CGCCAACAUGGUCUCGUACAAAGAAAUCCAAGCCUCCAACGCACUCAUCAACGACGCAACCGCCCCCCGCGUCUCCGUCUUCGUCGGCGGCACCUCAGGCGUCGGAAAGUUCACCAUCAGGGCUCUCGUUUCCACAGGCGCGAGCGUCAAAAUUUACCUCGUUGGGCGCAAGAGCUCCGAAGAGCCUAUGCGCGCCUUCAUCCAGGAGCUCAGCGCCAUCAACCCCAAGGCGGACAUUGUCUGGACCGAGGGCGAGGUCUCGCUCCUCGCCGACGUCAAAAAAAUAUGCGAAUUCAUCAAGGAAAAGGAAUCACGCGUCGACUUGCUGUUCCUGUCGGCGGGCUAUGCACCGUUUGGGACGCGAAAGGAGACGAGCGAGGGCUUGGAACUGUCCCAGAGCUUGGAGUACUACUCGCGGAUGUCCUUCAUCCUGCAUCUUCUCCCGCUCCUGCACCAAUCGGAAGCGCCCAGGGUCAUCAGUGUCCUUGGAGGCGGGAUGGAGAGCGCAAACCUCAACAUCGACGACCCCGACCUUAAACAGCCUGGGAAUUUCGGCGCCAUCAAGGGCCAGAUACAAUACGUUGCCAUGAACACCGUCUUCCUGGAGAAGCUGGCGAGUGAGAACCCCGACGUGACCUUUAUCCACUCGUACCCCGGAGCGGUCAACACGGGCAACGCGAGGCGAGGCUGGGAUGAGGGCUCCAUCAUCGGCCGGCUCUUUGUGUUCAUCGUCGAGACCCUGUUUUACUUCAUUGGCUUCAGCGAUGAGGAGUCUGGGCAGAGGCACUUGUUUGAGAGCACCAGCGCUGCUUUUGGUGGUCACGGGAUUCCGUGGGGAGGCAAGCCGGGAGUGAAUUCGUUGGGAAGAUCAGAAAACGGGCUGUUUCUUGUCAACAACAAGUGCGAUUGCACGCCUAAUGCCAAGAUCAUGUCGAAGCUGAGAGAGAAGGAUCAGGGAAAGAUUUGGGAGCAUACGCAAAAGCUCCUUCAGCCGUAUCUAUGA